AUCAAUAGACCCCGUCAUGCUAUUUUCAAUACCAGAAUAUACACACACAUAGGGUGUGCAUAUAAAACAUCAACUGGUUCUAAAGGAGAUAAUCACGGACCGAUCAAAUGGCAUUUGGGAAAUAUUAACUUUCGGAGAACGUAAUUCUUGUAUCUCACCUAAAGAAGGAAUAACACUGCAGAAGGGCAUCGCACCUGUCACAGAUCGGACAUAAGCAGCCAUUCAGUUAAGAUGGUAUUUACCGUGUUACUGCUGAUGUCAGCAGCUUUUCUGGCUCCUGUCAUUGGACAAGAAAUCAAGUUUCUGGAACAACAAACUUCAGGAAUAGAUGGCAACUUGAAAGUUGCACUUACAAAUGGUAUUCUUGAAAAUACGCAAAGAGGUACCUACAUUGGUCAGCUGGUCGCCUAUGUAGAUGGACAAAGCAACUCCAACAUUGUCUACAGUAAAGAGAUAGGGGGAGACAACUACCUGGAUGUCUCGCCAACUGGCGAAGUGACCACUGAUGCCCCGCUGGACAGAGAGCUCAGUAAUGCCAACACCAUUCUCAUCACGUUUAUUGCAACCUUCGAAACUGUAGAAACCAGAGCGCCAAUCAAGAUUAGUGUACUUGAUAAAAAUGACAACAUCCCAAUAUUUGAGAGGACUGAAGGCUUGGCCGUAGAGGUGUCUGAGGAUGUUGCAAAUGGAACGAUGGUCUUCAGUAACAUCUUCGUUUCCGACCUUGAUCUAGGAUGGUAUGCUCAAAUUAAAAUGACCUGCAUGGUGGUGCCCAACGACACCAAGAGCGCCGAGGCAUGUGACACGUUUGGACUUUCAGAGACACCUGUCAACGAUCCCCAAAAUCCGGACUUAAAGGCCCAGGGCUUUAUUUAUGUGAAGAAAGCUCUGGAUUAUGAGACACAGAAAGAGUAUACCAUGACAAUCUCAGCAGUGGACAAUCCAGAUAAAAAGGGAGGCGGUGUUUCUCAUCCAGUGACGGUCAACAUCGCGAUCGACGUUUUUGACGAGCAGGAUUCCCCGCCUGUUUUCAGUACGAACACAUUGCGAGCAUUCGUACAUGAGCAUUCAAUGGUGGGCAAGCGUCUGUCGUCAGUAACUGUGAGAGAUGGUGACCGAGGGAACCCACGUCUGCUGAACAUUUCGAUCAUUGAUGUCUCGGGCAACUCCGCUGACCUGUUUGACCUGUCCAUCACAAUGGAUGCUGCCACGAGGGUCUACACUGUGGUAAUAGUGGUCAAGGGUGAUAUUGACCGUGAGACCUACCCAGCCGGUCACUCAUUCAUAAUAAAGGCAAUUGAGAUUGAUGAUACCACUGGCCUACUGACGAACUCAAUGGCGGAGGUUACUGUCGAAGUGACCAUUGAGGACAUCAACGAUAAUCCACCGAUAUUUACCAAGAACACGUACAAUGUAAACCUCACAGAACCCAUAGCCAAUGAUGGCAUAGUACCAGGAGUCACCAUAGAGGUCUCUGAUGCAGAUGUGACAAGGACAGCUGAUGGUUUGAGUUAUUCGACAUUCAACGUGAGCAUAAUUUCGCAGAGCAGUCCCCCUGCCUUCCAUUUGAACAACGACGGUGGAACCCGCAAGGCCAGCUUCAAUCUUGUCAUAGAUAACUACAUGAAUCUGGACUACGAAGUUCCUGCUUACCGAACAAGAGUUGUCGUGAUUGAAGCUGUCGAUUUCAACAACAACAGUUUGUCUUCUACGGCCGUUGUCAACAUCAACAUCAUUGACUAUAAUGACAAUGCUCCAGUUUUUCUGCAAACCUCGUACUCGGCGAGUGUGUCCGAAAAUGAACUACCAGGAAAGACUGUUCAGACCAUUAGAGCCACAGACAGUGAUAGCGGAACCAAUGCUGCACUCACUUACACCUUCGUAGAUCCGAACAUUGUUAUGUUUAACCUCAACCCAACCACAGGGGUCGUGACCUUAGCCCAGCAGUUGGACUAUGACAAUGGAGCUGUCCAGUAUGAAAUGACGGUGAUUGUGUCAGACGGAGGAAAUCCCACCGAAACGGCGUCUACCUCCCUCCUUGUAACCGUGCUGAACUACAAUGAUCUUCCACCUGUCUUCCAACUGUCGUCUUACAGAUCGACCGUUACGGAAUCAUCAACCGUAUUCCUCAUUCCGGUUACCGUACAGGCAAGUGACCCUGAUGGUUUCGCAGUAACCUACAGCAUCGUCGGGGGCAACACUCUUAACAAUGCCUUCCGGAUUGAUCCGAACCUCGGUGUCCUGUCACUCAUCUCACAGGUCAACUACAAAGACACACCUGGUCAAAACGGAUUUUUUAACCUAAAUGUAUCUGCCGCUGACAGUGGAAACCCGAGUCAAGUGUCCUAUGUCACAAUCACGGUAGAAGUCAGAGACGAGAACAACGCCAAUCCCACAUUUCCCAAUACCAGCUACAAUAAAACAAUCAGUGAAUCAGUGGCUACUGGGACCACUGUACUGCAGGUUCUGGCAACAGAUACUGAUUCCGGCACAAACGGGGAAUUAACCUACUCCAUCACUGUGGGGGCAAAAGAUGACUUCAAAAUCAAAUCAGACACGGGAAUCAUAUACGUUGGAUCUAGUGCAACGCUGGACUAUGAUGACACUGCCGCCUAUACCAUCAGGGUGGAAGCCAUUGACCGUGGCAGUCCUCCGAGAACCGGAUCCACCACUGUCUACAUCACAUUGGAAGACGCCAACAAUAAGAGUCCGAAGUUUGACAUUCCACUCUACGUAGAGAAACUUGAUGAAACUGAACCAGUCGGUACAUCCGUAUUGAGGAUGAAUGCCACUGACCUCGAUUCCGCUAGGUCCAUUCAAUAUUCAAUCAGGCUGUCCACCAUUAUUGCUUACCAAGCCAACGGUCAACAAGUUGCCACCAUCUUUGACUACAACUACAGGCAAGCUUUUCGUAUAGAUAGCACAUCUGGUAUAAUCUAUACCAAUGCAACUUUGGACUUCGACAAAGCCUCACAAAUCCAAUUUAUAGUUGAAGCUCGGGAUGUUAAUGCGACACUGGAACAAACGGCCACAGCAACUGCUCUCAUAUAUAUCCUACAAGAUGUGGAUGAUACUCCGGAGUUUGACGCACCGUGGACAAAAGCAAAUCCGUCCUACAACCACGUUAUUCCUGAGGCGAAGUCUAACUUCACUUACAUCACACUGAUCGCCUAUGUACCCAGUACCAAGGAGCAAAUCAGAGACUUCCAGGAGGUCCCGGGAACCGACACGCAAGAUUACUUCGUUGUUGAAAGAACCACAGGAAAGGUGCUUGCCAACCGAGAGAUUGAUUACGAGACGUUAGAUAGGAAGAUCUUAUCUCUGACAGUGCGAGCAACAUCUCCCGCCGGCCUAUCGUCAAUAGCCAACAUCAACUUCCAGAUCCAGGACAUCAACGACAAUGCUCCAAUGUUUUUGCAACCCAACUACACAUUUACCGUAUCGGAAGGCAAACAGUACCCAGAGGAAGUCGGUAACAUCAUGGCGUAUGAUGCUGACAGCAGCAGUAACGCCAAUAUCUCCUUCAGUAUCACAGGGACAAACUCCAGCCAUUUCACAAUCUUCAUGGUGGGAAACAACAUGCGAAGCGCCACAGGCAUAAUUGCAGUAUCCCAAAACACUAUCCUUGACUACGAGACGACUCAGCAGUAUAAUCUCGUCCUUCACGCCCGUGACAAUCCUGAUGUCAGCCGAUUUGACGUGUACAAAGAAACCUCCAUAAAGUUAACCAUAAGACUGACUGAUAUCAACGAUCAAAAACCUGUUUUCUCGCAACAAACUUAUAAUUUCUUCACCGUGGAAACAUUUGGUGGGUCCAACGUGAUUGGUCAGGUAUCGGCGACCGAUUUAGAUACAGGUAGCAAUGGCCGGGUCACCUACAACUUCGUCAACGCUACGGCGAUAGUGUCCCGAUAUUUCCAAAUCUUCCCGAACUCUGGAAAUGUGGUCACUAUGACAUCACUGGAAGGGGCGUCGGUCUACGGUUCGUUCUACGUCAAGGUUCGGGCGAGGGAUAGCGGGACUCCGUUCGAGUUCUCCUAUGCUAAUGUCUACAUCAACGUGAGCAGUGGACAACUGGACAAUGGUCAGCCGAUCUGGUUCCAGCCGGCCAUCGGAGCGUUUGUUAACAUUUUGGAGCAUACAGCAAUCAACACAAACAUAUUCAAUGCAUCCGCAUCGCCACGAACCCAAGGCGCCGGAAUCCUUUUCAGCUUCCUGUCAAACAGCCAGGACCUGAACAAAUUUGCCAUUACACCACAAGGACAUAUCACCAUCAUUGGUGACAUCGAUCGCGAAGAAAAGGCCAUUUACGACUUGAUCAUCUUGGCCACUGAUUCGCUGAAUUCGACCCUCCAGGGGACGCGACGUCUGACCGUAAGGGUCCUCGACAUCAACGACAAUCUUCCCUCAUUCCGGAGCUGCCCUGAUAAAACAUAUUUGGAUGUGGUGACCGUCAGUGUUCGUGAGAAUUUGAUAGCAGAGACGUUUGUUUACCGCGUCGAGGCAUGCGACUUGGAUGUUGCUCCAAACAACAAUAUUGAAUACAGAUUCAACUACGAUGACAGCUCAUGCUUUCCCAAUGCCACUUCUCCGUUCACUUUGAACUCUGCGACAGGCUGGAUUACAACCAAUGUAGCUCUGAACCGCGAGCUUGUUCCAAUGUAUCGCGUCUGUGUCGAAGCCAGGCCUGCCUUGUUUGGACGCAGGAAGCGUGCCACAGACGAUACGGUUCAGAAAAUAGAUGUAAUCGUUCUGGAUAACAACGAUAACGGUCCAGUGUUCCUGACUAAAGAUAUCUUUAAAGCCAUAUUUGAGCUCCCGACAGCGGAGGCAGUCACUCAGCUACGAGCAGUGGAUCCAGAUUCGUCCUUCUUCAACAAAGUGCGUUAUUCCAUCACGGAGAUCUUGUUUGAAAAGCCUGGACGACAGAUACAAACCUACGGGGCUUUCAAUAUUAACCCGGACACUGGUCUCGUGACGGUCAACUUCCCUACCUACAACGCCUUCACCUCUGGCUACUUCAAAAUCUCCGUCCGUGCUGAAGACAGUUUCGACUCGACAAUGUUUGAUACAACGCAAAUCAUGAUUUUAAUUGCUGAAGAAGUCUCCCAAAUUCGUGUUGUGACUGAUUCAAAUGACAAUUUGGACAUCGCAGACAAUGUUGCUCAAAUGAUCAGUGACCUAAACGCAGCUGGUCUGGUCACAUUCCAACAAACGCAGAUACGGUAUCACAAAGAUUCCUCUGGAGCAGCCAUCCCUUCAAAAACUGAUGUGUGUAUGCUGGCAAUCCAAAACAACAAAGUGUUGGACGCUUAUGACGGACAAGCCAUGCUGGAAACAAGGGAUGGAAUAAUUCGUAACUAUGGCUUCAGGGAGAUCGGGUCCUGUGAGCCUUCUACAACCAGUGACCUUGAGGGUUGGUCUGUCUUCUGGUGGGUCCUGGUUGCCUUCGCCAUCUUCAUGUUCAUCCUCAUCCUUAUCCUGAUGUAUGCGAUCUUUGCGCUAUACCGCAAUUACAAAAGUUUUAUGACUACAAGACAACAAUAUUUGGUGCAAUAAACAUCAUCAAUGACCUUGACCUUUGCUGUCAGCGUCAUCGUCCCCAUGGAGAUUUAUCCAGAGUCGCGGAGGGAGGCUCACAACGUAAAAACAUCAAGUCUGGUCUUCUUACGGAAAAUGAAACAUAACGUUUGUGCCAAUAUUUUUCCAAUUUGUGAAAUAUCUUGGGAAUAUUAUUUGAUUUUAGAAAAUCUCUGUGGAUAAAUAAAUACAGAAAACAUGAAAUACAUAUUGGGAUAUAACACUUUCCAAAAUUGUCCGCGUCCGACAUGGUUACGAUAUUGCAGUAACUUUAUAUGGUAGAUGUUGACAUGAAGCGGGAACGUCUGUCUUGCCAUUUGACAUGAAGUGUGACAUUCGUGAAUCUCCGAAUGACGUGAUACAAAGACAAUUGAUGUUUUGGACAAAAAACGUCUAGACGUUUGGUCGUUUCUUAAUACUGAGCUAUCUGGCAUCGAAUUUGGACAGUUGAGGGCGACCCAAACAUUUGAUUUGGUCGAGGGAAAACUACAAGACAAGAAACUGUCCCUGACUUCCUACGGCCGUUCCAGACGUACUUCAACCAAUCCGGUUCCCUGAGACGUAUAUUGAUUAAAGCCCAGUUAAAAUGCCAACCUACUUUUGAAGUUCGAAAUAUAAAAAAGGAAAGGCUGCAUUGUCUCAGAAAUAAAACAAUGGCCGACUAAAAAUGUUAUUUAAAUGUUAAUCUGAAGUUUGAAAUGAAAAUGUCGUAAGAUUUUGUUACAUAACUUCUAAGAAUUAACCUGGAGUGAUUCUGAGCUUGUAUCAACCUUCUCAUCCCUAAAAUUCUUCAUUGGAUUCUACUGUCUAAUGUUUUAGGGUUCUGCUAUGAUGGAUUAUGGGGAUGACAGGAUCAGAUGCGGGUUAUUUUAUUUUACUCUAUAUGUUUUUGUGCGGUAACAGAAUUUUUCCAGUGAUAAGCCCGGGGGUCGGGGGACUAGAGGGGGAUGCAGGGAGUAAGGGGUUGAGGGGAUAAGGUGAAUAUUUGAAUUUUACACCAAUUGCAGGAGUAAUUUAUUUCCAGAAAUACUCCUCUCUUUUUCUGUUAAUCUGUUUAACAAAAGGGUGGGCUUAUUCUGAAGCAUGGGGCUUAUUAGUGGUAGAAUGUGUUACAUUAUAUGUUAUUGUGCUGUUAUUGUGUGUAUUGCUCAUCUUAAGUAACAUUGUUUGUUCUAUAUAACUGUAUCCAAGUUAUGCAAGUUUGUUUGUGAUAAACACAUUUUUUUUUGUAUCGACAAACACCGAGGAAUGAAAGUGGCUUUAUAUUUACAAAGGUAAAAGUGUAUUUUUAGUUAGAGAUCUAAAGUUGUCUUUUGAAAGGGCUCAAGAUGUUUCCAAGGAUUUGAGUUCACACUUAUAAGUUUCCUUAGUACUUGUAUUUAAAAACAAUAUACAUAUUGGUCAAUACAUGGAUUUCUAAAACUAUAAAAAAAACUUAACUCAAUUCAUAAUACAACAUAAACCUGUUUAAAAAGGAUUUUUUCCUGCAUAAUUCUUUCAUUACAGACACCUCAAUAACUGAAAGUAAUAAGUUCAAUAAAGUAAUACUAUUUUGUUUUCGAUACAACCAAUUUUUUUUACUUUUUCAUAUUUCGAAAAUUAAGGUCGAGCGUAAUUUAUCAUUAUUUACAAGGUCAGCAUUUGAUUAAAUUGUGACCUUUGACCUGUUGUUGAUGAUCACUAUGUGUACUUGAAUGUCUCACUAACCAGAUUGAAGAACAAGCUCUGCAACUUACCACAGCCUGUGUACAUAAUUCAUAUUCAUAUCCAUAUUUUAAAAUAUUGAUGUAUCUAUGCAUCAAAACUCUUUCAAGGUCUUUCACUUGACGUUUUCAAGGUCAGAAUGUCAAAUUAAUUCAUUUUGUCUAGAACGAGAAUUAAAAUAAUUAUUGAUUUUGGCAGUGGUUAAGGUUUUGAAAUGAUUUUAUUUAUACUAAGAUUAUAGAGCAUUGGAGAUUCAUACAUAUUCAUCAAAAUACAAUUGUAUGCAUUACGAAAAUGUAACGUGCUUAUAAAUAACAAAAGUGGAAUUUUGAAAGAUGGAUAGGUACACCCCAAGGUCAUUGCUAUUUGGAUAUAAGCUGAGGAAAGAGAUUUUAAUGAUAGGGCUUUUAGUUAAAUCUGGAAAAUCAUCAUGGUAGGAAGUAUACGAUACUUGUAUAUGUAAAAACAUCCCCCAACGCUUACUCAAACGUGAUAUAGAUGUUUCUGUGUAUCUGUAUUUUUAAACAUAUUUAUAUACCUAUGUUGUUACAUACCGUAUGUAAGAGAUCAGCCUGGACCAUAUAUGUAUAAAUGAAAUGCCUGCUUUUCAAAAAUCAU